GAAGGGGCCAUCCCCAAACUGUUCCCACAAAGUUGGAAGAAUGAAAUUGUCCAAAAUGUCUUUAGCUAGUGACCCUGCAGAGAGAUGAAGAUUUCUGCGCAGUGUGCACUUCAGCAUGCGCUGACCCCGCUCUGUCAUUUUAUGUGGUCUACCACUUGGUGGCUGAGUUUCUGUUGUUCCCAGUUGCUUCCACUUUGUUAUAAUACCAAUAACAGUUGACUGUAGAAUAUUUAGUAGCAAGGAAAUUUCACAGAUGGACUUUUUGCACAGUCGGCAACCUAUCUCGGUACCAUGCUUGAAUUCACAGAGCUCCUGUG